UUAAAGCUUUUUGUAACGGUCCGGAAGUGGGGGCCGCUGGGUGGGUGAAAGAGGCGGGGCUCUGAGCCCACUCAGUACUCAGAGGGUCCCGCUCUGGUUCCUGUAGGUGACAUCGGAGGCUGAGGAACAUGUUGCAGCUGCAGCUAUCGGUGCUGCUCGCCAUGCAGGUGAUCACCUGCGCUCAGGACAGGGGAGACUCGCUGGUUGGGUCGCCGGUUGACGUCAGCCUUCCGGAGCUUAGCGACAUGUGCACUGAAGGAAGCUGUUACCCAGCAACCGGGGAUCUUCUUAUUGGCCGAGCUCACCAGCUGUCGUCCACCUCUACCUGUGGUCUGAAGCGUCCAGAACCGUUCUGCAUUGUCAGCCACUUGCAGGAGGAGAAGAAGUGCUUUGUGUGUGAUUCUGCAGCACCGUACGAUGAUGAGCUGGCCAACCACAACAACAGCCACCGCAUUGAAAACGUUGUCACCACAUUUGGUCCCAACAGGCUGAAGACCUGGUGGCAGUCUGAGAACGGUCUGGAGAAUGUCACCAUCCAGCUGAAUCUUGAAGCAGAGUUUCACUUCACUCAUCUCAUUAUGACCUUCAGGACAUUUCGACCGGCUGCCAUGGUCAUCGAACGAUCAGCGGACUUUGGGAUAACCUGGCAGGUUUACCGUUACUUUGCCUAUGACUGCGAGACGUCUUUUCCGUCUGUUUCCCAGGGUCCAAUGCAGAAGGUUGAUGAUGUCAUCUGUGACUCUCGGUACUCGGAUAUUGAGCCAUCCACUGAGGGCGAGGUGAUUUACCGAGUCCUGGAUCCAGCAUUUCGGAUUGAAGACCCAUACAGUCCACGAAUCCAGAACUUAUUGAAGAUCACCAACUUACGGGUGAAGUUUACCAAACUGCACACCCUCGGAGACAACCUGCUGGACUCCAGAAUGGAGAUCAAAGAAAAGUAUUACUAUGCCAUCUAUGACAUGGUGGUGAGAGGAAACUGUUUCUGUUAUGGACAUGCCUCUGAAUGCGCCCCUGUGGAGGGAACAGGCCAAGCGAUUGAAGGCAUGGUUCAUGGUCACUGCAUGUGUAACCACAACACUAAAGGACUGAACUGUGAACAGUGCGAGGACUUCUACCAUGACCUUCCCUGGAGACCAGCAGAGGGACGCAACACAAACGCCUGCAAGAAGUGUAAAUGCAACCAGCAUUCGGACUUGUGUCACUUCGACAUGGCCGUGUUCUUGGCCUCUGGGAACAUCAGCGGAGGAGUUUGUGACGACUGUCAGCACAACACGACCGGAAACAACUGCGAGCAGUGCAAACCGUUUUAUUUCCAACACCCAGAGAAGGAUCUCAGAGACCCCAACAUCUGCCAGCCAUGUAACUGUGACCCGGUGGGUUCCCUUUACGGAGGAAUAUGCGACAGGAUGACGGAUAUACAGGCCGGUCUGAUCGCUGGUCAGUGCCGCUGUAAAAUCAACGUGGAGGGAGAACGCUGCGAGCGCUGCAAACCGGCACAUUACGGGCUCAGCAACGAACCUGAAGGCUGCAAAGCCUGUACCUGCAGCUCCCUGGGAACCGCUCCUGGAGGAAACCCCUGCGACAGCGAAACAGGAAUCUGUUUCUGUAAGCGUCUGGUGACAGGACGAGACUGCGACCAGUGUGUGGAUGAACACUGGGGCCUCAGUAACGACAGGGACGGCUGCAGGCCGUGUGACUGUGAUCUGGGAGGAGCCGUCCACAACCGGUGUGAUCAGGUGAGCGGCCAGUGUGUCUGCAGAGAUCACAUGUUUGGUCGCCGCUGCGAUCAGGUGGAGUCUGGAUUCUACUUCGUUGCUCUGGAUCACUACAUCUACGAAGCUGAAGAUGCCAAGUUUGGACCGGAAGUGACCGUUGUACCCAGACCCCACCCUCAUGACCGCAGUCCUACCUGGACAGGUGUUGGCCUAGUAAAUGUUCCUGAAGGGGCCUUCCUGGAGUUCACUGUAGACAACAUCCCUCAUUCCAUGGAGUAUGACAUUCUCAUCCGCUAUGAGCCUCAGCUGCCUGAUCAAUGGGAGGAGGUUCUGAUGGCGGUGAUAAGGCCUGGACCAAUCAGAGCUGACAGCCGCUGUAUCAACACGGUGCCAGACGAUGACAACCAAAUGAUCUCCCUUCACCCCAGCUCACGGUACGUGGUUCUGCCAAGGCCGGUUUGUUUUGAAACUGGACUGACCUACACGAUCCGACUCAGUCUGCCGCUCUAUUCGGCUGUCAGUGACGUGCAUUCUCCGUACACGCUUAUCGACUCGAUCGUGCUGAUGCCUCACUGUAAGAACCUGGACAUAUUCACCUCCUCUGAGGGAGGGGAUUCUAGCGCUUGGGAAACAUUUCAGAAGUAUCGGUGUCUGGAAAACAGCCAGAGUGUCGUUAAGACCCCAAUGACUGACAUCUGUAGGAACUUCAUCUUCAGCAUCUCUGCUCUGUUGCACCAGGGAGCUAAAGAAUGCCAGUGUGACCCGCAGGGCUCCCUCAGCACAGUGUGUGAUCCCAUCGGGGGCCAGUGUCAGUGCCGACCCAAUGUGGUGGGCAGGAGCUGUGACAGAUGUGCUCCGGCUACUUUCCAGUUUGGACCAAACGGCUGCAAAGAUUGUGCAUGUGACCCUCAGGGUUCCCAGAGUCCAAUCUGCGAUCAGCUGAGCGGUCAGUGUGUCUGCGUCAUCGGGGCAUACGGUCGGCAAUGCGAUCGCUGCCUCCCGGGUCACUGGGGCUUCCCGUCCUGCCGUCCCUGCUCCUGUAACGGACACACAGAAACCUGUGAUGCCGACACCGGCCGCUGCACUGCCUGCAGGGACCAUACCACCGGACACAGCUGCGACAGGUGUCUGGAUGGUUACUAUGGCGAUCCAGUGCUGGGAUCAGGUGACCACUGUCGUCCAUGUUUGUGUCCCGAUGGCCCCAACAGUUUGCGUCAGUUUGCCGGAAGUUGUUACCGUAGCGACACUUCGGAGCAGGUCGUGUGCGUCUGCAACCCAGGAUACAAAGGUGCUCGUUGUGAUCAGUGUUCACCUGGUUACUAUGGAAACCCCGACGAGGUAGGGGGCCAAUGUCUCCCAUGCCAGUGCAACAACAACAUUGACAUGCUGGACCCGGAGUCCUGUGACGCCAGAACCGGAGAGUGCCUGAGAUGUCUGUACCACAGUGAAGGCCCCGCCUGCCAGAACUGCAAGCUGGGUUACUACGGCAACGCCUUUGUCCAGGAUUGCCGAAAGUGUGUUUGUAACACACUGGGAACCAACCAGUCCAGCUGUCCGUCCUCCAGCGACUGCCACUGCGAUCGCAGCAGCGGUCAGUGUAACUGCUUGCCCAACGUUAUCGGUCAACACUGCGACCGCUGCGCCGCAGAUACCUGGAACAUGGCCAGCGGCGCCGGCUGUCAGAGCUGCGACUGCGACCCCAAACACUCAUUAGGGACAUCCUGUAACGAGAUCAGCGGUCAGUGUUCCUGCCAUCCUGGUUUUGGAGGAAGGACGUGUAACGAGUGCAGAGAGCUGUUCUGGGGGGACCCUGAACUUCAGUGUCGAGCUUGUGACUGCGACCCUCGUGGGAUCCUGGAGCCACAGUGUAACAAAGUCAGCGGCCACUGCGUCUGCCUGGAGGGUGUGGCUGGACCCCGCUGUGAUGUCUGCGCCCGCGGCUUCCAUGGAACCUUCCCUGACUGUCAGCGGUGUCACCAGUGUUUCUCAGAGUGGGACGACAUCAUCGGCCAGCUGACCAACCAGACACACCGAAUGGUCAACAAGGUCAACGCCAUUAAAGCUAGUGGAAUCAGCGGGCCUUACAGGAAGUCUAUAGAGAGUAUGGAGAGAAGCGCUGCUGAUGUCCGGGCCAUCUUGGACCAAAACCCGGCUUCCCAACCUCUGACUGAAGUCCAGACUCUGCUGCAGCAGGCCAGCGACCUGAUGUCAGCCUUGAGUCAGGCUAUGAACGACACAGAGGAGACUCUGGGUCUGGUUGGGGAGCAGGAGUCCGGCAUGAAAACUAAACUGGACUCUGUGAUGUCAGAUGCUCAGAAACUGGAACAAACAGUCCAGGAGCUACUGGACCAAGUGGAGUUCAUCAAGAACUCUGAUAUCAGAGGAGCAACAGACACCGUCACCAAGUACUUCCUGCAGUCUCAGGAAGCCGAGGCUCGAGCAAAUGCCUCAACCAUCGAAGCUGGAAGUCCAAUUGAAACUUCUGCUGCUCUACGGCAACUCACGGAGGACAAGCUGAACCAGAGCAGGGAGGAGUUUCUGGAAAGGCACUCUGAACAUGCUCGGAAGCUGGACAACCUAGCAGGAGAGAUGGAGACAUUGGACCUUUCAGUGAUCAGCUACAAGACCUGUGGCAGCCCAUCCUCUGGCCAAGAGUCCUGUUGGUCUUCUUCCUGCGGAGGUCUGGGCUGUGUAGACCCUGACGGUCAGGCCAGGUGUGGAGGAGAGGGAUGUGAUGGUGCAGUGACAGCAGCCAACAGCAUCCUAUUAAAGACCCAGGAGACUGAGAAGGAAAUCAUCAGCGCCAUGGCAGAGGUGGAGAAGCUUUCAAAGAUGGUGUCCGAGGUGAAGAUGCAGGCUGAUGGGGCAAAGCUGAGUGCUCAGAAUGUCCUGAUGAAGACCAACAGAACCAAACACAAAGUUGACCAGAGCAACGAGGAGCUGAGGAGCUUAAUCAGACAAAUCAAAGAUUUCCUCACACAGGAUGCUGCUGACCUGGAAAGCAUUGAACUUGUGGCAAGUGAAGUUCUGGCCAUGCAAAUGCCGACCACACCAGCUCAGCUACAGAACCUUACGGAUGAGAUCCGGCACAGGGUGGGGGAGCUGGGAAACGUAGAGGCAAUCUUACAGCAGAGCACUGACGACAUCCAGAGAGCAGAGACUCUGCUGGACCAGGCUCGCCAAGCAAGUAAGCAGGCGACAGAUGUGAAGGACUCUGCAGAGAGAGUGAAACAAGCUCUGGAAGAAGCCCAGAGAGCUCACACCGCUGCCAGCAGCGCCAUCCAGCAGGCCGCCUCCGACAUUCAGACUACAACCAAGCUUCUCUCCUCUGUAGAGACGGAGACAGCGGACGCUGAGUCCAAGCUGUACAACGCCACCCAGAGACUGCAGAGGCUGGAGCAAGAUGUGAGGCUGCUCACUGAUAAAUCAGCAAAUGUCACUCAGAAAGCCAAACUGACCGAUCAAGAAGCUGCAGAGAUCGGAAGGAUUGCAAAGGAUGUCAAAAAGGAGCUGGAGUCGGAGGUGAAGCAAAAGUACAGCACAGUGGAGCAGCUGAUAGGCCAGAAAGCAGGGGGUGUGGCUGAUGCUAAGAAGAGGGCAGAGUCACUACAGAAUGAAGCCAAACAGUUGCUGCUACAGGCCAGUGACAAGCUGCAGCUGCUGAAAGAUUUGGAAAAGUCAUAUGAAGACAAUCAGCGAACUCUUGAGACGAAAGCUGAACAGUUGGUUGAGCUGGAAGCAGCCGUGAAGGAACUGCUGCAGGAAAUCAGCCAAAAAGCCACCGUCUACAGCACCUGUGUGUUUUAGACUCAUCUGAUCUUACUGAGGCAAGAUACAGGAGCAAUACCACUUUUUUUUAUUAUUCUGAAUGUGUUUUAAUUUGGCUCUGAGUUUUUUUGUUUUUUGUGUCAGCUGCCAGAAAGGUAAUUUGAUUAUACAUGCUUAAAAUACUGAUUCAUUAAGGCCAAAGUUUUAAGAUUAUAAAUCAAAGAUUGUUUUUCAUUUGAAACCUUUCUUUCUUUUAUACUUUGUACUACCGGUAUUUUGUUUAAUCUUAUACCUACUUUUAAGUUGAUUUUAAAAUCAUUAACUCUAAUAUUAACUCUCUUGUGAUGCAAAAAAAUAAAUUUUUCUAAAGCCAAUACUUGCUAAUUGUAAUGUCCUAGUGUCAUGAAAUGUGUUGUGGAAGUGAUCUCGUUUAGUAAUUUUUCAAUGGAAGUGAAGACAGCUUCUCAAAAAGUGAAUGUUUCAACCAUUUGACUGCAACCUAUUCCGUGACGGCGUUUCUGUUCUGCUAAAUUGUAACUUUAUCAUAAGAUCCAAAAUGAAAUACAAUAAAAAAAACUAUAUUUUCAUUACAAAAAAAGUUA